CCAUGCACUCGGGCGCUGGCAUGCACUCCGGUAUGCAGAUGCAGUCGUCCCAAAAGAUACCAAUGAUUGUCAAAUACCCUAUGCCGGUGCGCCAUUAUCACCCGAUGCCCAUGGCAUCACAUCCAGUGCCUAUAUAUAAACCCGUGCCCGUGAUUAAGCAAAUACCGAUCGUCAAACACGUGCCCGUAUUCCAGCCCAUCCAACAGCACCAGGAGUCCCAACAGAUGCCUGUCUACCAGAAAAUACCCGUUUUCCAGAAGACGUUCCCCGAAACGCAAAUGAAUAGCCCAGAGAUCUCAAUGUCCGCACAGACACCACAGCAGCCAAUGCCAGGACAGACACAACUCCAUGACCAGCAACAAGACAUGAACAGUGAUUACUAUCCCAACGAGAAUAUGCCCGAAGAGUCGGCGCCCGAAGGCCAACAGCAACAACAGUCCCAACAGGAGUCCAAAAUUGACUUAAUUUUAUCCAAACUCAGGAUUAAACCACUCAUUAAACCAUUAUUUAGAUAAUAAAUUCAUAAAAAUUAAAUAAAAUUUAUACAAAUUUCUCAAA